AGAAGAGCUGUGGGGAUUUUGUCAGUUGCUAAUGAGCCAGUUGCUAAUCAUCACAGGCAAGAUGCCAGGACUUGCUGAAAUAUGCUUUUGCAUGCUGUCCUUGUUUCAUCUGGCAUGGGCAAGAUGCAUCAACAACGGCGACAAUGUUUUCAUCUAUGAGAAAUCUGCAGACUCGUUCCUGUCUCGUUCACUGCUGUACAACAGCUGGGACUUUGAGCUGGUAACACCGGGCGACCUGGAGAGAGAGUGCAUCGAGGAGAUCUGUUCCUAUGAGGAGGCCAGAGAGGUGUUUGAGGAUGACACAAAGACGGCCCAUUUUUGGAAGACAUAUGUGCAUGGUGGUAGUGGUACUGGAACUUCUGGCCGUGUGGAUUUGCCUGGUCUCGUGUCUGGGAUUCUGGCAGCUGUGAUCAUAGCUGCUAUAGCUGUUGUGAUCGGCUGCUACUGUUACAAGAACCGUGGCAAAAGCACAAGGCAAAGGGCCAGUGUGCCGGUGCAAAUGCCAGCAGACACUUGUCCAGCGCCAGAGAUGGUACCUUUGUCUAAUAUCGAGGCUCCAGGUUUGCCGUCCUACAAUGAAGCCCUGGACCGCAGCGGGCAGUACGAUGGCCCUCCACCGCCCUACAUAGGGGAGACGCCAUCUGCCCCUCCAGAAUCCCAGAAUGAGGAGUGAGACUCAGAAAACAGCUGAUGAAAUUCUGCUCUAGCAGGAAACUUCGAGGGUCUGGGGUAGUGAUAUAAGGGAUUUGUAUGUAGACCUACUUUUAGAUUUUUUUUAAUGCAUGUAAUUGUUCUAAAGACAAAGGUACACAAACAGCAACAGCUGUAUUUCAAUCCACCAUGGACUAUUUAUUUUCUUUGUGUCAGCACAUUGUAGUUUUCUAUAUUUAAUGUCAUUCUAUUUUCCUUGAACAGCUGAUUUUUUAAUAAACCCUUUUUUGUUGCUUUUGAA